UUCAUGCCGUCCUACCGUGUUUCGUCCGUUCUUGUGCCGAGAACGGGCAAAAGUGGGUUCCGCCGCCGGUUUUCCUCGCGUAUUCUCCUUCGGAGCAAAUGGUGGAUCUCAAAAUCAAAGGAAAUUUAUUAUCGAAGAUGGCGCUUUUUGUGUGCUGAAAUUGUGGUUCCCCUUCGUCGUGGCGCGUGCACGAGUUUCGGGAGGAGUUUGUCCGUCGUGCGAUUUGUGUUCGCUGCCAUCAGCUGAUCUGCUCGAUCGGCGGUAGCCGGUGGCGGAUUUGUUUUGAUGGAGUAAAAUUAUUAAAUAACCUCAAUUUUAGUGGCCAUAACCUCGCACCGUUCAAUUUUUGCCGUAGCAAGAGGGAGGCAAAAGCUCGGCUGGGUGACGGACCGCAGCGUGUGUGUGUGUGUGCCCGCUCGAUCUGUCAAAUUGAAUGAGGAAGCGCCAAAGGGAACCGUGCGAUUGAAGAGUGAUUUUUGCAGUUUUUUCGCGUAAUCUACGCUUCGAUCAUUGAUCGCGAUUGAUAAAACCUUUCUCCUCCCUCCACACAGUUUCACACGAUAAAUGGUGUAACGGACGAAUCGAAUCAUGGAUUCUCGGUUCUCCUCGCUAGCAUCGGCUGGCGGAAGUUUGAAAAUCAUCAACAUCGGAGCCAGCCAAACCAGCAGCAGCAGCAGUACUGGCGGUGUUGGUGGGGGUCGCGUGGUGCACAGCACCGCGACGAUCGCCAGAGAUCCGUUCCCGCAUCAAUCUGGCGGGCAAACAUUUACGAUUGCAAACGAACCGAUCCUGUUGCAAUUACACGACGGUAAACAAUACCUCGUUGAUGAGAGUUCGAUCAGCAACAUCGAUCAGAUGCCACCAGAGAAUCUAAUCUACAUGAACCCGACGUCUGCCGUCAUUGACGAUGGGUCGUUCGAAACGACAGAAGAACUGGUCCAACUGGUAACUUCCGAAGAAAUGGCGGAAACCAGUGGACCGCUGCAGUCGAAUGAUCCUAGUAAUGAACAACAUGAGCAGCAGCAGCAGCAACAACAACAGUAUAAGGAGUGUGAGGAGCUGGUGAUGGAAGAAGUGAUCACCGAUGAUUGGGUGCAAUCGCAGGACGAUGAGUGCGUGACGGUAUCUAUAGAUCAACUUGGUGGUAGUACCGUUGGCGGAACUACCCUAGAGGACGAUAUUUCAGUUCCGCUCGAUCAGGACAAGUACACACUGUCGCGACCCUUCCCCUGUGAUUUCUGCAGCCGUCGGUUCCGGAAAAUGACCAGUCUGGAACAACAUCUGCUAUGCCAUUCGAACGUGCGGCUGCACACUUGCAAUCUAUGCAACACGCACUUCGAGAAGCGCAGUGAUCUGACGGUCCAUUUGCAGCAGCAUGCAUUUCUGUCCAACGAAAACGACGAAACGUUUGCCAGCGACCACGGAGGAGACUAUGAUACGACAAUCUCCCGCCCUAAUCAGCAAUACCGAGCGCAUCAUUCGAGUGAUGAUGACGAGACUGCAAUUUACAUUGAGAAUGCCGGUAUGGGCUACAACGCUCAGCCACCAAUGCAGCUCAUAUCGACUUCACCAUCCUACGGUAGCGCGCAUGCUAGCCCUAACCGAUCGCUUAUGGAUGGUGUAGGACCUUCGACGAUGUCCGGUAGCAAUGCCUUCACCGACCAGCAAUCGCAUCGCACCAAACAGGCCAGAUCGCCGCGUUCAGGACGUUCAACUCGUCCUUAUAUUAAACAGGAACCAGGCACUAGCUCUUCCUACCCGAAUGAAAACGAAGUAUCGCCGAGUGUUCCCUUCCCGGUGAAGGAUCCACGCAAACCGUUCGUUUGUCAGCAGUGCGGUGUGGGGUUUGCACGUGAAAAAGCACUCGAUUCGCACUCACGCAUCCACGGGGGUGAUUCGAAGAUUGAGUGUAGUGUAUGUGGGGAAAUGUUUUGGAAUCCGACGCAGCUGCAGUCACACGUACGCCAGCGACAUCCGGAGGGAGAACAAAAGGGUGCCAGGAAACGCAAAGCCAGCGCUGUAACAACAACACACACCACAAAAACAUCUUCCUCCUCCUCCUCAGCGUCACGAGGACAUGCGUUUGAGGUCGAAACGCAUAAUGAUGAUGAUUUCGAUCUGCUGCUGGAUCCUCCACAUGACUGUGAUAACUGCGGUGCGUCAUUUUCCCAGCCAGAGCGCCUGAAACGGCACAUCCAGCAGAUGCACGGAUUGCUGCCAUCCAUCAUCAUAAAGCAAUCGUACGAUCCGUCAAUCGUAAAGCAAGAAGUAAAUAUCGAUAUAUCGACCGGAUACGAGUACCAACAGAAUCAGGUGCAGCAACGGCAUCAGCAGCAGGAGCUUGAUGAUCAUGAUCCAGAGGAGGAUGACGAGGAGGAAGUGGACUCGGGUGAUGAUUACAGUGACGAUAGAACAGUGGUAACGCUGGACAAGUCUUCCGUAUACGAAGGUCAUCUAUCGCCGCUUGAGACAGAGCUAGCGGUACCGAUCAAAUGUCAAUUGUGUGGGGAAACGUUUCAAAGCGAACAUGAAAUCAAACAGCAUCUGCAGGAGCAGCAUAUGGAGCAGAUGACACCGACAUCGUGCGUGAUAUGCGGCAAACGUUGCACAAAUCAUGCUUCUCUCAUAAAACACUCGUGGGACCAUUCGCGCGUCCGUCGGCACUGUUGCCCGCAGUGUGACAAAACGUUCCACCACAAGGCCCGCCUGAAGCGCCACAUGGAAUCGCAUCGCAACAAGUCAGUCAAGUGUCAGCAGUGUGGCGAAAGCUUCCCCGACGGACGCAGUUUGAUGAACCAUCGACAUUCGCACACCAAAUCCAGUAAGUUUCCGUGUACUGUGUGUGGCAAAACGUUUGGUUCGCGAUCAUCUCAGCAGAUACAUCUUCGUAUUCAUACGGGCGAGCGGCCUUACGCAUGUCGGUUCUGCUGGAAAGCGUUCGCCGAUGGUGGCACGCUGAGAAAACAUGAACGGAUCCAUACGGGCGAAAAGCCGUACGGGUGUUCAGUCUGUACCAAGGCGUUCAAUCAGCGUGUAGUGCUUCGCGAGCAUAUUCGGGCCCAUCAUUCGCAAAUCGAUAGCAAACGAGGUACGCCCGAACAGCCCUACUACUGUGACGCCUGUGGUGCGCUCUUUGCUUCGUCGAUCGAGCUUGUGCAGCAUCUGAUUGAGCACAGCGAUAAGACAACCGCGGACAAGCGUAAGCCACAAAUCUUCCCGCGUAAAUACAAACGUCGUCGGAAACUGAAACCGCAAGAGCUGGAACGGUUACAGAACGGCCGCCGCAAGAAGAAACCCUCAACAGCCGCCAUCACCAGGAGCACUAGCCAGGAGGACUUUGAUGAGGAUGAUGUGCAAGAGGCAACUAGUACGAAACAAUCACAAGCACAAGAUGACAGCAACGAACAGGGCGAUGAUCAUGAAGAGGACACUGACUCAAGCAUCGACCAACCGUCGGACACAACAAGCGCUAAUAACUCCCUGGACAACGGCGAUGCAUCAUUGAAAAUAUCUAGCGAACUGUUUCUAGAUUACGGCGGUGGUUCCGUUCAGAAGGUUAUCGCUUCUCCGAAAUUCAUCUCGCCUUACGAGUUGCUCGACGAUGCCCAAAAGGAGGCAGAUGAGUUGACAACUAAACCUUCAUCACACAAACUAAUACCGCUGCCGAACGCUGGCGUAGAUGGAGAGAUCAUCAUCAUGGACGAUCACGGCAUUAAUCUGCUGAGCGAAGUGGUGCUCGUCCAUGGAGUGAACAACAAUCAUGAUAAAUCGAAAAAAGCCACGGCAGAGACGAAGCAACCGAAAGUCGCCGGUUCUGUGCCACGCACAAUAAGCAGCCCCGUGAAAGCAAAACAUACCUCAUCAUCCUCAUCAUCCCCGUCGACGAAAGACAGCCGGAAUAAGAAACAGGUACACGCAUCUGCCGGCACUCUAACCAAAUCUGGUGUCUCUUCCGCUUACAAUGCUGUGACAGGGGGCGCAAAUAAUGCUACUCCAACCGUGACGACAUCCGCGAACAGCAUGGAGACAUUUUCCGCCUUGGCGAGCAGCCGAUCGCAUGGCUCUCGUGCCCUGCCUUCGUAUGUUCGGGAAAUAUCGUCCUCUAGAAUCUCUUCCGGAAGUUUCCCUCUGCUAGACGACGGCAAAAGCGCGCACGAUACUCUGGAAGAUGAGGAGGCGAUGAUUGGCGAGCAAAGUAUCGAUCAUGCGACAACGGACGGACGUGGUAGUACUGUUGGUAGUGAAGAGCGUCGAAGACGGCGGCGACAUUUCUCGUCGACAAGCAGUUGCUAUGACCACGGCACAGCAAACGAUGAGGACGAGCUUAAUGAACUGAAUCAAAGACUGCUGACCGAGAUUUCGAAUAGAGAUCGCUACACUGAUCGCUACAAUAGCGACAUCGUGAACGAUCUGGCGGAAAUACUGCGUUCACCUAUCAAAACUGUGCCAAUAAACGGGCCACCACGUGACAUACUGGCGACACCGUCUGCCCAGCGUGCCCUACAAUUCUUCGAAACACCCACUACCACCGGUCUGUCCAGCGUGGAUGCACUACUACCCCUUGAUGGGGUAAAGCUAGAGAUUGUAGAUGAAGACGCACCACCGUCUGAAGUCGAAAAAAGGGAAGAAGCUAGUCGUCGGCGUAACAACAAUAAGGAUUCCCAAUCAUCAAAGCAACAUACGAAAAGAGUUUCAUCCGGCAGUAUGCGCACCGGAUCGUCUCCGCUACGUAUUCCGCGGUUAACAAGGCGCCAGUUAGAAAAGGAGAUAAACUUUUUAAAGGAAGCUUUUGGAGGAGGAGACGAUACCUCUACCGGCGUCCCGGAUGCAUUGCCAGUCGAGGCCUUUGGAAGACAGAGUGGAGAUAGUUUUUCUAUCGAUGAAGACAAAUCUACGGUAAAGAUUGGACAUAGCGCCAAAAUCAAUGCCUCCGAGGAGUUGGCUACAAUGCUGCUCAACGAUCAGAUUCCCACCACUAGCGGGCGGCAACGUGAGAGGCAGGAAAAGGAGGACAUCGAAGCGACCAUGGAAGGCAAUGCGGUUACUAUCGUCAAACAGGAGGCGGUUGACUAUAGCGAAGAUAUUGAUAACGACGACGAUAUGUUCGGUGGUUUUGGGUCCGAUGUGGGACAGGAAGCGAGCGAUGGAGAAUCGACGGACCUUCAAUCGGCUACUGACUCGUCGUUUGCCGGCUUUCGAUGCUCGAUAUGUGACGAGUGUUUCGAGGAGCGGAAACAACUAAUGCUACACGUUCAGUUGCACAUCUAAAUUCGUAGUGUCUGCCGCAUUACAUAUUUGUUAUACGUGUGUUCUCCACGUAAAGGAACGUAAACUUGAACUGUUCAUUUCUACUUGCUAUUAAGUUUUAUGGCGCAAGAAUAUAAUAAAGCUGAAAAGGAGAUUGAUUCUCCCACGGAUCGUUAAAUGCAAUGUGUUGCUGUUAUUCGUUGAUGGCUCGUUUGCAGCUGUUUCCGCUAAGAAGGUGACAAGGAAUUUCGC